GAAAGGACAAAAUUCGAUGAAAAGAAGAAAAAAAAAAACUAACGCGACUCUCUCUCCCCUACACAUUCCCUCAUUCACGCAAACCACCUAACCUUCGCGCACUCUCUCUCUCAGUUGCACACGUCUACCGCCGCUCCCAGCUCCGAUUACCGCGCGUCCGCCGCCCAGUCCUACCGGCAUUUCUGUUGCCACUCGCUAGGGUUGUCGCCGCUAGAAUUCCAUUUAGUGUACCGGGAGAGACCUAUGAGCAUUUCAGGUUCACACGAGGAGGAAGAUGAUCACGGUGAGGUCUUCCUUGAUGAAGCUGACAUAAUCCAUGAAGUUCCGGUUGAUGAGGAAGAUCUUCCUGAUGCUGUUGAUGAAGAAGGCUCUGAUGACGAAUAUUUUGAUGAGGCUGAUGAUUCAGUUCACACUUUUACUGGCCAUACUGGUGAGGUUUACACGGUGGUUUGUAGUCCAGUAGAUGCCACAUUGGUUGCAACAGGUGGUGGAGAUGACAAGGGAUUUAUGUGGAAGAUCGGUCGAGGAGAUUUUGCACAGGAGCUUAGUGGUCACAAGGAUUCCGUGUCUAGCUUAGCGUUUAGUGCAGAUGGGCAACUACUUGCAUCAGGGAGUUUUGAUGGAAUUAUUCAAAUUUGGGAUACUUCAUCUGGGAAUCUUAAAUGCACACUUGAAGGUCCUGGAGGGGGAAUUGAGUGGGUAAGGUGGCAUCCAAGAGGACAUUUGGUUUUGGCUGGUUCUGAAGAUUCCACCGCUUGGAUGUGGAAUGCUGAUAGAGGCAUCUAUCUUAAUAUAUUUUCUGGUCACGGUGCUAGUGUUACAUGUGGUGAUUUUACUCCGGAUGGUAAAAUUAUAUGCACAGGUUCUGAUGAUGCAACAAUGAGGAUAUGGAAUCCAAGAAGUGGUGAGAAUAUUCAUGUCGUGAGGGGUCAUCCCUAUCACACUGAAGGAUUGACUUCUCUAGCACUUACUUCUGAUUCAACACUUGCUCUUACUGGUUCAAAAGAUGGUUCUGUUCAUAUUGUGAACAUAGCAACUGGAAAGGUGGUGAAUUCUCUUGUUUCCCAUUCAGAUUCAAUUGAAUGCAUCGGUCUGGCACCAAGCUCCCCAUGGGCUGCAACUGGAGGAAUGGAUCAAAAGCUCAUUAUCUGGGAUCUUCAACAAUCAACGCCACGCAGUACAUGCCAGCACGAGGAUGGAGUAACAUGUCUUACUUGGAUUGGCACGUCGAGAUACCUUGCUACUGGAUGUGUCGAUGGUCGAGUACGAAUAUGGGAUAGCCUCUCUGGAGAAUGUGUAAAAACCUUCUCCGGGCACUCUGAUGCCAUCCAAUCUCUCGCGGUGUGUGCCAACCUUGAGUAUCUUGUUUCUGUUGCUCUUGACAAUACAGCUCGGAUCUUUGAGAUUGCAGAGUAUCAUUAAGUAGGAUGUUCGUAUUUGAAUGUCACAAGUUUUGGUUCCUAAUUGUACAAGUUUAUACUAUUCUAUGAGUUUGUCUAUACAAGCAAUUGUAUGCUUAUUCUCGUCAGUGUGGUUGCGUAUUUUCUCGUCUCUUUUAGAUAUUUAGUCUUUAAGUUAAAGAACCUAUGAUUUUUAAGUAUUGGAUAAUGUAAAAUUUUGAAUAGAAACAUUGAAAAUUAUUAAGUUUGAAAUUUGGUGGCUUUAA